AUGGCUUCCGUUGGAGGAAAAAAACAUGUUAAAACCAAUGACGGACGACGACAAAGUCCAGAAUCUGGACGACACAGUCCAAAAUCGCUCUUGGAUACCGCCGCUCAUAAAGAGCUUCAGAACAAGAUCCUACGCCUUGAAAGCGAACUGAAUGAGCGCAAUACACAUGAACAGCACUUCACGACAACAAUAGAGGAACUUAACCUCAAGCUCAAACAGAAAAGCGAUCAUGAGAUGGAGAAUGAAGUAAAAGAAAAGAAUUUCAAAAAAGAAAUGGACAAACUAAACGCCAAAGUGACUGAGCUUCAAAGCGAACUGAAUGAGCGCAAUACACAUGAACAGAACUUGACGACAACAAUAAAAGAACUUAACCUCAAGCUCAAACAGAAAAGCGAGCAUGAGAUGGAGAAUGGAGUAAAAGAAAAGAAUUUCAAAAAAGAAAUGGACAAACUAAACGCCAAAGUGACUGAGCUUCAAAGUGAGUUGCAGACAAAGCAUUUUGAAGAGAAAAUUUGGUAUACAGUGUUUGCCAAUCUAACAGACAAGCUUAAAAGACUUGAGAGGUGA